AUGUGGAGAGUUGCGAGAUCUGCGGCGGCUAGUCUCCGACAAUCGCAUCGGCGGCUCUCGACAGCGAUUCCUGGACCGUGUAUUGUGCAUAAGCGUGGUGCUGAUAUUCUCCACGAUCCAUGGUUUAACAAGGACACAGGUUUUCCUUUGACAGAAAGAGAUCGGCUAGGGCUACGUGGUCUCCUCCCACCUCGUGUGAUAUCAUUUGAACAUCAAUAUGCUCGUUUUAUGGAGUCAUAUCAAUCGCUGGAAAAGAAUACUCAAGGUCAACAUGAAAAUUUUGUAUCAUUAGCAAAAUGGAGGAUUUUGAAUAGACUACAUGACCGGAAUGAGACAUUAUACUACCGAGUCCUGAUUGAUAACAUCAAGAAUUUUGCUCCAAUAAUAUAUACUCCAACAGUAGGAUUGGUAUGCCAAAACUAUUCUGGAUUGUUUAGACGUCCACGUGGAAUGUAUUUCAGUGCCAAAGAUAAGGGGGAGAUGAUGUCUAUGAUCUAUAAUUGGCCUUCUCAAGAGGUCGACAUGAUUGUGCUGACUGAUGGUAGUCGUAUUCUUGGUCUGGGUGAUCUUGGAGUUCAGGGAAUUGGUAUACCUAUUGGGAAGCUUGACAUGUAUGUUGCAGCUGCUGGCAUCAACCCCCAGAGAAUAUUGCCAGUUAUGCUCGAUGUUGGUACAAACAAUCAGAAGCUUCUUGAAGAUCGACUUUAUUUAGGACUGAGACAACCUAGACUUGAAGGAGAAGAAUAUUUGUCAAUUGUUGAUGAAUUCAUGGAAGCUGUUCAUGCACGUUGGCCGAAGGCUAUUGUGCAGUUUGAGGAUUUCCAAAUGAAGUGGGCAUUUGAAACACUAGAUCGCUACCGUAAAAGGUUUUGCAUGUUCAAUGAUGACAUACAGGGAACAGCUGGUGUUGCAUUGGCUGGGCUACUUGGCACAGUUAGAGCACAGGGACGGCCAUUGACUGAUUUUGCAAACCAAAAAAUAGUUGUGGUUGGAGCCGGAAGUGCUGGGCUUGGUGUUCUUAAAAUGGCCUUACAGGCUGUUUCCAGAAUGGCAGGACCGGAGGCAGAUCCUCACUUUUUCCUGCUUGACAAAGAUGGUCUUAUCACGAAAGAGAGAAAAGAUAUUGAUCCUGCAGCUGCACCUUUUGCCAAAACCCAAGGAGAAAUUGAAGGACUAGGACUUCAUGAGGGAGCCAGUCUUAAUGAAGUGGUCAAGAAGGUUAAGCCUCAUGUGCUUCUUGGCUUGUCUGGAGUUGGUGGUGUCUUUAAUGAGGAGGUCCUUAAGGCUAUGCGAGAGUCGGACUCCACUAAACCUGCUAUUUUUGCAAUGUCAAAUCCCACAGCAAAUGCCGAAUGCACUGCUGUUGAGGCUUUCAACCAUGCUGGUGAAGAUAUAGUAUUCGCAAGUGGGAGCCCCUUUGCAGAUGUUAAUCUUGGGAAUGGAAAAAUAGGCCACGUGAAUCAAGCAAAUAACAUGUACCUCUUUCCCGGGAUUGGGUUAGGAGCUCUUCUCUCUGGUGCUCAUAUUAUCACUGAUGGCAUGUUACAAGCAGCUGCUGAGUGUCUUGCAUCUUAUAUGACAGAUGAUGAAAUUCAAAGAGGUGUCUUGUAUCCAUCUAUUGAUAGUAUUCGGGAUAUUACAGCUGAAGUUGGAGCUGCCGUUUUGAGGACAGCUGUUGUAGAAGAAGUGGCUGAAGGGCGUGGCGAUGUGGGAUCCAGAGAACUGUCACACAUGUCGAAGGAGGGAAUUUUGCAAUAUGUGAAAGACAACAUGUGGUACCCAGUUUACAGCCCUCUUGUUCACGAAAAGUGA